GCCCUGCGCCGGCCCCUGGGGGUGGGUGGGGCGCCGCCUGCCCCCUCUCCCCGCAGCAGCCCCGCUCGCUGCAGUGUCAAAGGGGGAGGGGUCGGCUCCUUCCCCCGGGCCCCGCGCCCGCGAUGCCGGGUUAAAUGGGGCUGCCGCUGCCUCAGCCCCUCUCAGAACAGGACAGGCCAGCGGCUGGAGCGGGGUCCCCGGGCGCAGCACCCACCUGUACCAGCAGCACGGGGGUGUCCUCCGCCCGCCUUCCGCUCGGCUCCGCAGCCGCCCCUCCGCGCUCUCCAGCCGGCCGAGUGAACCUUGUAACCUCCAGAGGCUGCGUGCUCUUGGAGCUGAAUGAUGAAGCUGCUACUUGCUGUUCCUCUCCUCCUGCUCAUCUUACCGACCUUAGAAGCCAGACCAAAGCCUGCAGCGGUGAAAUGUAAGACCGGCCCCCUGGACAUUGUGUUUGUGAUCGACAGCUCGCGCAGCGUGCGCCCCUUCGAGUUCGAGACCAUGCGGCGGUUCCUGAUCGACAUCAUCCAGAACCUGGAGGUGGGGCCCAACGCCACACGGGUGGGGGUAAUCCAGUACUCCAGCCAGGUGCAGAACAUCUUCUCCCUCAAGACCUUCUUCAAGCGGGCUGACAUGGAGAAGGCCAUCAACAGCAUUGUGCCACUGGCCCAGGGCACCAUGACGGGGCUAGCCAUCCAGUAUGCCAUGAACCUGGCCUUCACCGUCCAGGAGGGAGCACGCCCGCUGCACAAGAAGAUCCCCCGUGUGGCCGUCAUCGUGACGGACGGGCGGCCCCAGGACCGCGUGACGGAGGUGGCGGCACAGGCACGGGGUGCUGGCAUUGAGAUCUACGCCGUGGGCGUCCAGCGGGCAGACAUGAACUCCUUGCGGGCCAUGGCCUCCCACCCUCUGGAGGAGCACGUCUUCCUGGUGGAGUCUUUCGAUCUCAUCCAGCAGUUCGGCAAACAGUUCCAGGACAAGCUGUGUGGUGUGGAUAUGUGCACAGAGAUGGACCAUGGCUGCCAGCACACCUGUGUCAGUGUCCCAGGCUCCUUCUAUUGUGAAUGUAACCCUGGAUACAAGCUCAACACAGAUGGAAAGACAUGUUCCCCCAUUGAUGCCUGCGCUGAUGGGAAGCAUGGCUGUGAGCACCAGUGUGUCAGCUCUCGUGGGUCCUACACCUGCCACUGCCGGACGGGUUACAAUCUCAACCAGGACAAAAAGACCUGUACCGUGAUUAAUUACUGCAACUUUGGAAACCACAGCUGCCAGCACAAGUGCGUGAGCAUCCCGAACGGAUACUAUUGCCGCUGUAACGACGGCUUCACUUUGCAGGCCGACGGCAAGGCGUGCCAGGCCAGUGACAUUUGCAAUGGGAUAGAUCACGGCUGUGAGUUUAAAUGUGUCAGCACCCCUGGCUCUUACCACUGCGUUUGCCCAGAGGGACAGCAGCUCCAUGCUGAUGGAAAGACAUGCAAUAAGUGCAAGAGCAGCCAUGUCGACCUGGUGCUGGUGAUUGACGGCUCCAAGAGUGUCCGGCCUCAGAACUUUGAGCUGGUGAAGCAGUUUGUGAACCAGAUUGUGGAUUUCCUGGAUGUGUCGCCCCACGGCACGCGGGUGGGGCUGGUCCAGUACUCCAGUCGUGUGCGCACCGAGUUCCCACUCAACCAGUAUAAGACGGCAGAAGACAUCAAGAAGGCAGUGUUGAAGGUGGAGUAUAUGGAGAAGGGCACCAUGACCGGCCUGGCUCUCAAGCACAUGCUAGAGCACAGCUUCUCAGAGGCCGAAGGUGCCAGGCCCCUCUCCCAGAACAUUCCCAGAAUUGGGCUGGUCUUCACUGAUGGGCGCUCCCAGGAUGAUAUCGCUGAAUGGGCCAGGAAAGCAAAGGAAUCAGGGAUCACCAUGUUUGCGGUUGGGGUUGGAAAAGCAGUUGAAGAGGAGCUGAGAGAAAUUGCCUCUGAGCCGGUGGAACAGCAUUUCUCGUACUCUGCGGAUUUUAGCACCAUGACUCAUAUAGUCGACAACCUCAAAGUUAACAUCUGCCCAGAGGAGGGCAAAGGGGAGAUUGAGAUCCGGAGCCCGUGUGAGUGUGAGGCCCUUGUGCAAUUCCAGUCAAACACCGUGGCCAUCCUGGAAAGCCUGACAGAGAAACUCGCUCAGAUGACGGCCCGACUCGAAGACUUGGAAAACCAGAUCGCCAACAAGAAAUGAUCCCUGCAGAUGGCCAGGUGGCACUUGGACUCGGUGGGGGGGGGGCGGAAACGUACCGUAGCUACACGUCAUUGUUAUUCCUAGAGUAUUGUAAAGGGUCGUUGUUUGUUCUUAUAUUGCAAAAUCUUGACGGGGACUCAGAGGGUAAAAAAACCCUGUUCCGAAAAUGAGUGGAUUCAGCCUUUGAGGCUAUUCCAUUCCUCUGGACUAACGGGGUCGGGCUGAGGUGUGACGAAUGGGGUCAGUUUGGACCUUAAGAAAGGAGAUGGGCACUGGGACAAUCAGCAUCUUCUAACCCACCUGCCAUUAAUCGACAGUAGCUGGCCACCGGUUUCUCCAAUGAAGCCCAAGUGCACAGCCGAGCGCUUCCAUCAGGCAGCAAGAUGCUUUGCAAAGCAUCCUGAAUGCUUCAAGUAGCUCAGCUCUUGCUCAGCUGUAACUAGACUCUGUGUAGGUGGGGGAAGGAACUCUGGCAACUUCCAAUAUACUUUCUACCCUGUACCCCAUGUGAGAAACUCCCUCGGCUGCCCUGCUAAUCCUGACUGUGAAAUGAGAGCACCUGCAGCAACCUCUUUGUCUCUGAAGUUUUUUGCUUUAAUUGCACAGGAAUUUAAAUGUAAUCUUUGAUUUCAAUUAGAGGGGAGGGGAAAAAAGGCCAGAACAAAUCAUCAGACAGAAAAGAGGAUCGAACAUAACUGGGAUAUUCCUCAUCAAACCCCCUUUCACCCUGAUUUUGGCAGAACUGUUGCAGAAUUUGUCAUUAUCCUUUUUUUAUCAAAUAGAAAAAAAAAAUCUAUAAAUAUAUAUGUGUAUAUAUCUUUAAUUCUGAAAGCAGGAUAGUACUAUUUUUAAACACCUUUAUACAUAUAUAUAUAUAUCUUGAUAAUAAACACGCUGAAGAUUUUUAUGACAUUUCUCUCUCCUCUUCACUGGGAACCUUGGAAAAUAAAGUCUGCAUCAAGUCACAUUCAAUUCAUGUGACUCCAGCUUUCACAAAGCCAGGACAACCUGCUCCUAGCCAACCAGUCAUUGGGCCGUUAUUACUCCUCUCCCAGGAGAAAGAACUGGCCGGUGUAAAUUCUCUGCUUUAAAGGUUACACGUGAUGUGUUGCAGAAAGUGCCUCAAGUGAUGGCAGCUCCAUUUGAUGGGAAAUCACUAUGGGAUUGUGACAGUGCCAUUAUCCCCGACUCCUUUCUUUUUGAUGCCUGUCCCCUCCUUGAAAUGGACUCCUCCGUCCGUUAAUAUUGCAUAAUGGAUCCAGGCCCUCAAGGACAGCUCAUCACCCAUGUUCUAUGUCACCAGAGUCAGCUGGUAUAAAUCAGCGAAGUCCAUGGAGCUAUGCCAGUUGACCCCCAGCUGAAACCUGAUCCAUGGGCUCUUACCUCUGGGGCCAGUGAAUAAUAAUUGGGGUGCAGCCUUGCAAGCGGAAAAGUCGUGCUACGAAGUGUGUGCAGGAAUGCGCCACAGAUGUAACAGCAUUAAAGAUUCUUCCUUAUUAGACUGUCCUGUAGUAGCUCCUUGUGAUGAGAUGGGUGAUCUAAUAGGUCUUUUCCAUUUCCAACUGCUGUGACAGCCAGGGAUUGUUGUGCUUGAAGUGUGUUAUAAUGAAGGCUGCAUUUUAUAUGGGGGUCAGAGAGGAAAAUCUGCCCUUCAUUAGUCCCUGUCCAUUGUGAUGCAAUGAAAGCCACAUUUGUGUGACAAGGGGUGUGACCCUGAUCUCCCAAACCCUAGCCCCAUCACACACUUUCAGCACAGCAGCACUGCUGGGGGGAAGGGGAGUGUCUCCCUAUAAUGUGGGGAGUGUGCGCUGCCAGUCGAACAGUGGGGUGUUGUCAGUGGAGGGCCGUGCAUGAAAAUGGGCCUGAGCCCUCCCAUUCCCGAUUGAGCCUUUUUUAAAUGACCGCCACAUACCAAGGCACUCAUGCUCCCAGAGCACCUGUGCUGUCAUCUGUUCUGUAGAGUGAGUGCAAAGCUGUGCAUCAAAGCCUCCCCUUCCUCGGGGGAGCUGAAUCUGUUACGGAGGCUACUGUUACCUGGCACUGAUUCCCAUCAAUAAAGAGACAUUUUCCAGACA